CCCACAAUCGCUUGCAAACGUAAAUGGCGUGGGGAGUGGCAAGUAUCUGUGCCUGAAAGGUCGUAGCCACCUUUGGUUUGUUAGAUUUCCUUCAACAAGUGAAAGCUGCAAAUUAAACAUCGUAAUGUUCCUUUUAACGGCUACAGGCACUUUGCACCGAGAGUGAACUGGAGAAUGAUGCCUCCGGCUGCUUGCAGAGGACGCAAGAGGGCUGGAAUAAUUUGGGGGGCAAAAACAGCUAGUAAAUCAUAAUGCUUUCCGCUUUUAUGCGAGGAAUCUGCUGUAGUGACCAGCUACUGAGAUCUCCGGUGAAGCAGGCGCUUGCACGACAUAGGAAGGCAUUUCUAAGCACUUGGGCAUGCUCCAGGGUGGGGCAAGGGCUGAGCCGUGACUAUGUCUUGAGCCCUGAGGGCAUAAAGCGAAGCUUAUGGGUCCCGGUGAGUCCCUUGAGAGCCGAAAAAUCAGAGAGCAGAGGCUCGCAAGUGCCUGUGCAAAGAAGUCGAAAAGGAGACGCUUCUCUGUCAGCUGCUCAGAAAGUGAAAGAAGCUGGAAGAGAUUUCACCUAUUUAAUAGUGGUGGUCAUCGGGAUUGGUGUGACAGGUGGGUUAUUCUAUGUGAUUUUUAGGGAGUUGUUCUCUUCUUCCAGUCCCAGUAAGAUCUAUGGAGACGCCUUGGAGAAAUGCAGAGCUCACCCUGAGGUAAUAGGUGUUUUUGGUGAACCCAUAAAAGGCUAUGGUGAAGCUACACGCCGUGGGAGAAGACAGCUGGUCAGCCAUAUUGAGUAUGUAAAAGAUGGAUUGAAAUACAUGCGUCUAAAAUUCUACAUUGAGGGAUCCGAAAAAGGAAAACAAGGAACUGUUCAUCUUGAAAUGAAAGAGAAUCCUGAAAGUGGAAAAUAUGAAUAUCGCUAUAUAUUUGUGGAUAUUGAUGGCUACCCUAGAAGAACAAUAAUCGUUGAAGACUAUAGAUAGUGGAAUUAUUGAAAAAGCCUUUCAUUGCUGGGAUACUUGUUGAUAAUAUGCAAUGGACAACAAUAGAAUAAGCAUGAUAAAAGGUAACAAGCCAUAUUGCAUCCUUCCAGACUGUCCAUGUAAUUCAGUGGAACCAGUGGACCUGUAUAUAAUACUGCUGCAUAAAUAUUGGAAAUAGAGAAUUAUGGGAAUAAUAGAAAAUGCAAAUAAUUUUGAAACUUUUACACGAAAUAGGCAGGAAGUUCUCACUGCCGGAAACAUGUGAUUCAUCAAAGAUCGUUAAUGAGGGAAUCCAAUUUUAUAUACGUGCAUCCUCAAGCAAACACCCAUAUAUAACCUUCUAAAUUUUUGGAAUAUUUCUGUUUAAACUUGGAUUUCAUACCAAUAUUAUAAUAAAUAAAGCCUAAAAUAUAUAAAA